CACAAGCUGAGCAACAUUUGUUUACAUUGAUGUUGGGCUAUAUGAUAGUGCAGGCAGUGUCAUGACGGAUUACUAAGCGGACAGAUUUUUUUUCCUUUUUUUUUUUCCUUUUUCAUAGUCUGGAAGUUAAGGCUGGAAUUUGUGAGCCGCCAUGGAGUGCAUCGGAAAGGUGACACCCCACCUGAUGAUGGCUGUGGGGACAGCUGUGAUUGGCUCUCUUCAGUUUGGCUACAACACUGGUGUCAUCAACGCUCCGCAAAGUAUCAUCGAGAGGUUCUACAACGAGACAUGGAGCGACAGGUAUUCAGAGCCCAUCCCUCAGGGCACUCUAACAGCUCUAUGGUCGCUCUCCGUGGCCAUCUUCUCCGUGGGAGGAAUGUUCGGCUCCUUCUCCGUCGGCCUCUUCGUCAACCGCUUCGGCAGGAAGAACUCCAUGCUCAUGGCCAACGUGCUCGCCUUCAUCUCUGCUGCAUUCAUGGGCUUCUCCAAGCUGGCCGUUUCCUUUGAGAUGCUCAUCGUCGGACGUUUCGUUGUCGGCCUCUACUCUGGACUCUCCACCGGCUUUGUGCCCAUGUAUGUGGAGGAAAUCUCACCCACCUCUCUGCGCGGAGCAUUAGGAACGCUGCACCAGCUUGGUGUAGUCAUUGGUAUUCUCAUGGCACAGAUUUUUGGGAUUGAAUCCAUCAUGGGGAAUGCCUCUCUGUGGCCUCUCCUGUUGAGCUUUACCGUGCUCCCAGCUGUUCUGCAGUGUAUCCUGCUGCCUCUCUGUCCAGAGAGCCCCCGAUACCUCCUUAUCAACUGCAAUGAGGAGAGCAAAGCACACAGUGUGUUGAUGAAGCUGCGUGGCACCGAUGACGUGAGUGAGGACAUGCAGGAGAUGAAGGAGGAGAGCCAGAAGAUGAUGAGGGAGAAGAAGGUGACCAUCCCCGAGCUGUUCCGCUCCUCCAUGUACCGCCAGCCCAUCUUUGUUGCCAUCAUGCUGCAGCUGUCUCAGCAGCUGUCUGGUAUCAACGCUGUGUUUUACUACUCCACCGGGAUCUUUGAGCGAGCUGGUGUGUCCCAACCCGUCUACGCAACCAUUGGUGCAGGAGUUGUCAACACUGCUUUCACAGUAGUGUCUUUGUUUGUGGUGGAGCGAGCGGGCAGGAGACCCCUUCACCUAAUUGGUUUGAUGGGAAUGGCAAUUUCAGCUAUUUUCCUGACUGUUGCCAUGGCGCUGUCGGAGCAGUUCAGUUGGAUGUCCUACAUCAGCAUUGUGGCCGUCUUCAGUUUUGUAGCGUUUUUUGAAAUUGGCCCUGGCCCCAUCCCAUGGUUCAUAGUGGCCGAGCUCUUCAGCCAGGGGCCCCGACCUGCUGCCAUUGCAGUUGCUGGUUUCUCCAACUGGUCCGCCAAUUUCUUAGUGGGCAUGUGCUUCCAGUAUGUUGAGCUCCUCUGUGGACCCUAUGUCUUCAUCAUCUUCACCAUCCUGCUGCUCGGCUUCUUCGUCUUCACCUACUUCAAGGUCCCGGAAACCAAGGGUCGCACCUUUGACGAGAUUGCGGCGAGUUUCCGCCAGCCAGCUGGUCACGGUGCUGGGAAGUACUCGGCCGCCGAAGAGUUCAACACCCUCAGGGGGGAUGACCCGGACCUUUAAAGCCAUCACCAUGCUCACACACACUCUAGUUCCUACACGUUACACGUGGGAUACACUUGUAAAACACUAUUCUCAUCAAGUAUUCCAUCAACUAAUGUUAGGGUCAGUACCACAGACUGUAAGAGGUUUAGUCUUUACGCAGACUGCAAUAUAAAGCAGAGUGACACGACAGAGGACAUUGCUGUUCGUUACUGUGGACUCAGUCCGACCCCGUCCAUGUAAAUCAAUCGUCCACACUCACUUUUCAAAGAUCUGAAAAUGCUUCAUGGAAGUAAGUCCGUGUAUGUAAGGAUUUGAACAAUUAGAAUUCAUAGACUAAAAUCAAGUUUUAGAGGCAUAGUUAUGAUUUAAUAUUUAUAUAGGCAUAAUAAGAAAAAAAGAUCUUUUAAAAAAAAAAAAAAGUGCUGCAGGGUAUUCCAAUUCCAGGUUCAAUUGGUGGUGGCACUGUGUGAGCUUUCUUUAUACGACCCUGCUGUGUGGUGAAGAGGAGACUAACCUCCCUCACAGCGAUACAUGAAGCAGAAAUGCCACAUUCAACACACAUUCAUCUUUUGCCAAUUUAUAUAAAUUGUGCCACAUUUGACGAAAACUUGAUGUUUUGACUUUUCCAGAUUUGUAUUUUUUGACACACCACCACGCUCAGACUGAAUGAUGCAAGGUUCAUUUUCACCACCCUCACAGUUUGCACAUGCUGAGUGUAUCUUUACAGUAUUUAUGUGGCGGAGCAAAUCUCCCAACCUUUACUGGGACUCCACAUUAAAACAGUUUCAUAUCACAUUGGCAUACAAUCACCUUCAACUUACAUGGUUUGUUUUCCUUUACCUAAACAAACAGCCGGAAUGAAUAAAUACUUGGUUAAGUUAUGAAUUGAUUUACUUUGUGAAUGUGUAAUUUACUGUUUUUUAUAGAUGGGUUAUAUAGUCACUGAACUAGAGUAACCACAUAUAUUUAGCCAAUAUGUGUAUGAACUUUUGAAUUGAAUGACAAUUGAUCCAAAUGAAGUCAGCGUCCCUCCUAGUAUUUUCACAAUUACAUUUCUAUAUUUAUUGCAUUCUUAUGUGAAUAUUUACAUAGGGUCCAUUCAUUCAUUCAUUCACUCACUCAUUCAUUCAUGUCUCCACAAUAUGGAUAUAUUAUUUUGUUUUUAUGGAAUGAAUGGACUAUGUUGUAUUUGUACUUCAAGACAUUGUUGUGUCCUACAAAUGUGCUGUAAAAUGUGUUAGAAAAUAAAUAAUAUAACAAGCCCAGGAUCCAUUUGAGUAUUUCUAACACAUGUUAGUGUGUAGACUGAUGAUGAGACAACUUUCUUUCUUUCUUUCUUUCUUUUUUUUUUUUUUUUUUUUGCCUCUUUAGAUUAUCGCACCUACUAGAGUCAAAGUUCAAAGUUUUCUUUAAUGAUUUUCUCCAAACCAUCCAAACUCCUUUCAGAUGGAAUGAAAGUCUACUUUGGAGGAUCUACAACAUGAGAAAUAUAUUUUUUUUCCUACUAUACAUUCCACCUGAGUUAUUUCAUAAAUGUGAUGUAAUUAAACUGCUUGAUUGUACAGGAGGACCAAUAUAAUUUUACCAGAGAAUAAGUUCAGCCAAAAUUUAAAAUGGAAAUGAAUAUUAGUUGUAACGGUCACUUUACUGCAGUGGAAGGAACCUUGUAUUUGGACACUUGGACUGGCCGGAUGUAAAUUGGUUUGGUUUGGUUUGUAUGAAUGAAUGAGAUGAACAUUUGUAAUUACGCAUUUUUUUUGCAAGGCACUGAAUCUAAAGAGGAAAGCUCUUUAUGUCUAAGAUCUUAAAAGCAACUUGUAUAUAUGUAUUUAUGUAUGUAUGUGUAUAUGGUAUAUUAAAAACCUCUUAAUUAAUUUAUUGGUCAACUGAUGUUGCUAACUACAAAAUUCCCUUGUUACUAAAAUGUUUCUAAAAGGAAGAAUAAAAAACAUAAAUGACAGUAUUUAAUUAUGUGUAGACUGAAUGUCCUCUGGUAUGAUAACUUAUUUAUUGUAUUAUGUAUUGUAUGUAUUAUGUUAACUUGUUACUAUUACUUAAAACAAUGACAUGGAUUGCAUUGCAGUGUUACAAUUUAUGUUGCUGUUUCCUUGACAAUUUUUUUGUUUGUUUUUUUUGCUCCUUCGUACUUUAUACUUCACUGCUGUAGCUAUUAGACACAUCAAAAAUACAUUGAAUUAUACUACAGUCUA